AAAAAAGUACUCGGCAAUUUCCUCUCGCUCCUUUUCUUUUUUUGCUUUCCUUAUGAUGCACAUGAGGGAACAAAAUGCACUCGAUUUCACUUGUGGUUUCUUCAUUCUCUUCUCCAUAGCCCAUAUCGUUCAGUUCCUCUGUCUUGCAACAAAAGCAAAAUAUAAUAUAACAAAACUUUUUUUUUUCCUUUUGCACUGCAACUCCCUCAAACAAGGGAAAGCUGAUAAGGUGACAUAGGCAUUGCUGUGGAACUGUGGAGAAGUCCUUGGCACGAAUGCAAAUGGAUCUUGAGUUAGAAUUUCUUUCAGCCAUAAAGCAGCUUCCAAUACUCAACAAACAUAAUAAUAGCGAGGAUGAAUUCUGUGUUGAUUCCAGAUUAUCAUACGAAAUCGGAGAAGGAAAAACAGAAGUGAGGCAGUUUGGUUUGGAGAAAAAUGCAUCAAAUGGUAAAAAACCGUUGAGAGAUUCAAUGGUUUCAAAAUCAGCAAAGUUGCUUGUGAAUUGGUUAAAAGGCAAAGAGAGUACCGCUGGGGACUGUUCUAAAGGGGAGGCAGAGUUGUGGAGUAGUGAAGUUGAAGAGCUUAAGAAGCGGUUAAAAAUUCUUGAAGAAGAAACAAAAACUAUGAAGGAAACAUUGUUUGCAAGUAUGGAAGAAAGAAAUAGUUUGAUGAAUGAGAUUUAUCGGCAGUUUCAGCAAUUACAUGGUUUCCUUUUCUCCGCUAAUCUCUUAAUAGGAGAAAAUUCUGCAGAUAGAAAUUCAACUGUCUACGGCCCUAAGGAUGUGAGAGUUGGAACGAGUUUGUCAGAAAUUUUAAAGCCACAACCAAAUCCUUCUCUUGUCACCAGAGAUCUCAGAGCCAACAUAUUGACAGUGGAAGAAGCUGCUCAAGAACUGCUUUUACUAUCAGAUAGAUGAUUGCUUCCUUCUGCAAUGACCCACAAAAUUGCAUUUUCUCCUCAAGUUCACCGUGAUGGAUCAAACUGUUUCUCUUGAAGAGACUGUUUGAUAAAACUAUAAUACAUACAUAUGCAUACAUACAUACAUAACUACCUACUAUAUACUUAUAUAUUCAGUGCCAUGGCCCAUCAAGAUAUCAGUACAAUAAAUUGUAGGCAAAAAUCAUAUUAUAAGAAUUAUGUACUUAUUUACUUUGUUAUACAGAGGAAACUUUUGGUGAUGUUGAAAUUAUUAAGAUGAUGUCCUUUUGCC